UACAUUGAAAUUGAACGACUCACCGACAAAUCGAGCGCAACUGUGGUUAAUAAAAUUAAGAAGAUUUUUACUCGACAUGGCAUUCCUAAAGAGCUCUGUUCCGACAAUGGUCCAGAAUACACAGCGGCAUGUUUCAAACAGUUUGUCAAAGAAUGGGACUUUAAACACACUACUUCAAGUCCUCACUUUUCGCAGUCCAACGGUUUCGUGGAAAGAGCAAUCCAAACUGUUAAGAAGAGUUUGAAAAAAGCACAUGAUGGCAACAAGGACCCUUACCUUGCCUUGUUAGUCCUCAAUACCACUCCUGGAAACGACAACAAGUCACCAGCUGCGCGCCUCUUCGGUCGUCAACCACGUUCCACAUUGCCUUCCCUAAUCCAACCUGCAUUUCCUCCUCCCCCUCCUCCCAAAGACACCCGAGCGAAGACAAAAGAAAGAUAUGAUCAACACGCUAAAGAUCUACCUGGUAUCCAACCAGGAACUGUUGUUCGAAUCCGUGCGAAGGAAGAUGAGAAAUGGAAUCAACUUGGUAAAGUCGUGGAGAAGUGUGCCGAGCCACGGUCCUAUCGUGUCCUCAAUGACAAAGGAAACAUUGUGAGACGCAACCGCCGCCACCUUAUCCCGUGUAAGGACAGAUUCCAGAUCCGGAAUGACUUUGAUUAUGAUGAUCUAGAAGUGACAAUUCGACCCAGUUCUCCAGAACCACCAAACGAAAUCGUCACAAGAUCUGGUCGAGUCGUUCGAAAACCGUCUAGAUAUAGCUAG